AUGGCUACACCGCCCGGUGACGAAAAGACGGGGCUCUCCUCCGAUAAAGAGCUUCAGACCGCACAUGCAGCUCCGCCGCCCAGUCCAGCAGAUGGCGACGACGAGGUCUUACAUCCAGGCGCUAUGCGCACCCCGUUCUUCCGCAGGACGCUCUUCCAGAUCCUGGUCGUCGGGCUCUGCGCGUUCUGUGCCCCCGGGAUCUGGAGCGCCAUGAACGGUCUCGGGGUCGGAGGAUCGCAGAGUCCCGACCUCGUCAACACGGCCAACGCGCUCCUCUAUGCCUUGAUGACGGUGACCUGCUUCGCGGGGCCGUGGCUCACCAACGCCAUCGGCUUCCGCUGGACCCUCGCCAUCGGGGCCCUGGGCUAUCCCCUGUACGCCGCGGGGUUGUACCUCAACAACCGCACGGGAGCCACCUGGAUGGUGUACUUUGGCAGUGUGACCUGCGGCAUUAGCGCGGGCUUCUUCUGGAGCGUCGAGGGCGCCAUCGCCACAGGAUACCCGGAGCAGCACAAGCGAGGCCGCUACAUCGCGACGUGGUUCACCUUCCGCAACUUCGGCAACAUCAUCGGCGGCGCCAUCUCGCUCGCCAUCAACCACUCGACCAACCGACGCGGCAAGGUCGGGUACAAGACGUACCAGGCCUUCAUCGCCAUCCAGUGCCUGGGCUUCUUCUUCGGCCUGCUGCUCUCGAACCCAGAGAAAGUACGACGGGACGACGGCACCCGCAUCCAAGCCGAGCGCGGCACCGCCUGGAAGACGGAGCUCGCCCAGAUGUGGCGCCUGCUGCGCAGCAAGUCGAUCCUCCUCCUGACGCCCCUGUUCUGGUACUUUGGCUGGAUCCAGGCGUACCCGGGCACGUACCUGGCCGCGUACUUCACGGUGCGGUCGCGCGCGCUGGGGAGCUUCAUGUCGGCGGUGGUGGGCACGCUGGCGACGUGGCUGUGCGGCACGCUCGUCGACGUCCCGUGGGUCAAGGACCGCAAGACGCGCGCCGUGGCCACGUACGUCUUCAUCGCCCUGCUCAACAGCGCCACGUGGAUCUGGGCCGUCAUCAUCCAGAACGAGUACCGCCACACGGGCCCGACGCUGGACUGGGGCAACCAACGCACCUUUGGCCGCGGCUUCGGCUUGUACAUGUUCGAGCGCAUCAGUCUCGGCAUGGUCGAGAACUACAUCUACUGGUGCAUCGGCAACCUGUCCGACUCCCCCGGCGACCAGAUCCGGUACAGCUCGCUCCUGCGCGGCAUCGAGACCGCCGGGGUCGCCGUGGGCUUUGGCGUGCAGGCCGUCCCGACCGCCCUGAUCGCCACGGCCAGCAUCAAUUUCGGGCUGUGGUUCUUCGCCCUCCCCUUCAGCUACUACGCCACGUUGCAGGUGGUGCGCAAGUUUCGGAAGCAGGAGCAGGAGCAGCGCCAGCGGGUCGUCGAAGUGGUGGGAGAGGGCGGGAAAUAG